AUGCCGACGUUUCAGAGCAAAAAGUUCCGGUCGGCGGCCGACAUGAACAAGAUCGGCAUGCGGUACCGCACCGUCAUGAACAAGCACCCCUUCCUCAUGUUCGGCCUGCCCUUCAUGGCCGUCAUCGUCGCUGGCUCCUUCGUCCUCACCCCGGCCACCGCCGUCCGCUACGAGCGCCAUGAUCGCAAGGUCCGCCAGAUGACCAAGGACGAGGAGCUCAACGUCCGCCGCUCCGCGAGAAAGGUGGACAUGAAGGAGGAGUACUACCGGCUUGCUGGUAGAGAUCUCGAUAACUGGGAGCAGAAGCGUGUAGAGCGGCUCAAGGGUGAGAAUGACGGUAUCCUUGAUUGA